GUUUCUCCAUCUUUCCCCCCCUCCCCUUCCCCCCUCGGAGUUUCCCUCCCUCCCUCCCUCCCUCCUUCCCAGUCUGGGCACCGGGGCCUGUGACCGUUUCGUUAGCGGAGAGGAGGCUGCCAGUCCGCUUCGGCGGGCCUGUGUCUGCGCCGUUCUCGGGGCCUCCCUGCUGAGCCCAAGGCUCACGCCGAGAGGGACACGCAGAGAGGAGCGGCCAGAGCAGCUUUGCGGUUUUGUGGUGCAUCCCUGAGCAUGAGCGCAGAAUGAAGCGACGUUUGGAUGACCAGGAGUCACCGGUGUAUGCGGCCCAGCAGCGUCGGAUCCCUGGUAGCACAGAGGCUUUUCCUCACCAGCACCGGGUGCUUGCCCCUGCCCCUCCUGUGUAUGAAGCAGUGUCCGAGACCAUGCAGUCAGCCACGGGAAUUCAGUACUCUGUGACACCAAGCUAUCAGGUGUCAGCAGUACCGCAGAGCUCUGGCAGUCACGGGCCCACCAUCGCGGCGGUUCAUAGCAGUCAUCAUCACCCAGCUGCUGUGCAGCCCCAUGGAGGCCAGGUGGUUCAGAGUCAUGCUCAUCCCGCCCCACCAGUUGCACCAGUACAGGGACAACAGCAAUUUCAGAGGCUUAAGGUGGAGGACGCGCUGUCCUAUCUCGACCAGGUGAAGCUGCAGUUUGGUAGUCAGCCUCAGGUCUACAAUGAUUUCCUUGACAUCAUGAAGGAAUUUAAAUCUCAGAGCAUUGACACCCCAGGAGUGAUUAGUCGUGUGUCCCAGCUGUUCAAAGGCCACCCUGACCUGAUUAUGGGCUUCAAUACCUUCUUGCCCCCUGGCUACAAGAUUGAGGUGCAAACCAAUGACAUGGUGAACGUGACAACUCCUGGCCAGGUUCAUCAGAUCCCCACCCAUGGCAUCCAGCCCCAGCCUCAGCCACCACCCCAACAUCCUUCCCAGCCUUCAGCCCAGUCAGCCCCAGCUCCUGCCCAGCCAGCUCCUCAGCCCCCACCUGCCAAAGUCAGCAAGCCUUCCCAACUACAAGCACAUACUCCAGCCAGUCAGCAGACUCCCCCUCUCCCACCAUAUGCGUCCCCGCGCUCUCCACCUGUCCAGCCUCAUACUCCAGUGACAAUCUCAUUGGGAACGGCCCCAUCCUUGCAGAACAAUCAGCCUGUGGAGUUUAAUCAUGCCAUCAACUAUGUUAAUAAAAUCAAGAACAGGUUCCAGGGCCAACCAGACAUCUACAAAGCGUUCCUGGAGAUUUUGCACACAUACCAGAAAGAGCAACGAAAUGCCAAGGAAGCUGGAGGAAACUACACUCCAGCAUUGACUGAGCAGGAAGUAUAUGCCCAGGUGGCUCGUCUUUUUAAAAAUCAGGAAGAUCUGUUGUCAGAGUUUGGACAGUUCCUACCAGAUGCCAACAGCUCUGUGCUUUUAAGCAAAACAACAGCUGAGAAGGUUGAUUCCGUGAGAAAUGACCAUGGAGGUACUGUGAAGAAGCCCCAGCUGAACAACAAGCCACAGAGGCCCAACCAGAACGGCUGCCAGAUCCGUAGGCACUCGGGAACGGGAACUACCCCUCCGGUAAAGAAGAAACCCAAACUGCUCAGCCUAAAGGAUUCUUCCAUGGCAGAUGCCAGCAAGCAUGGUGUAGGAACUGAAUCAUUAUUUUUUGAUAAGGUCCGAAAGGCUCUGCGGAGUGCAGAGGCCUAUGAGAAUUUCCUGCGCUGUCUUGUUAUCUUUAACCAGGAGGUGAUCUCUCGGGCUGAACUUGUGCAGCUAGUCUCUCCUUUCCUGGGGAAAUUCCCUGAAUUGUUUAAUUGGUUUAAAAACUUUCUGGGCUAUAAGGAGUCUGUACAUCUGGAAACCUUUCCAAAGGAACGAGCCACAGAGGGCAUUGCCAUGGAGAUAGAUUAUGCCUCUUGUAAACGGCUGGGCUCCAGCUACCGAGCCCUGCCGAAGAGUUACCAGCAGCCCAAGUGUACAGGACGGACCCCUCUCUGUAAAGAGGUUCUAAAUGAUACUUGGGUUUCCUUCCCUUCCUGGUCUGAGGACUCCACCUUCGUUAGUUCCAAGAAAACCCAGUAUGAAGAACACAUCUAUCGUUGUGAAGAUGAACGCUUUGAGCUUGAUGUAGUUUUAGAGACCAAUCUGGCAACGAUCCGGGUUCUGGAAGCAAUACAGAAGAAGCUUUCUCGCUUGUCUGCUGAGGAACAAGCCAAAUUUCGCUUGGACAACACCCUCGGGGGCACAUCGGAAGUUAUUCAUCGAAAAGCACUCCAGAGGAUAUAUGCUGAUAAAGCAGCUGACAUCAUUGAUGGUCUGAGGAAGAACCCUUCCAUUGCUGUCCCAAUUGUUCUUAAAAGGUUGAAGAUGAAAGAGGAAGAAUGGCGAGAAGCCCAGAGAGGCUUUAACAAGGUCUGGAGAGAGCAAAAUGAGAAAUACUACCUGAAGUCACUGGACCACCAGGGCAUCAACUUUAAACAGAAUGACACCAAGGUCCUGAGGUCCAAGAGCUUGCUUAACGAGAUUGAGAGCAUCUAUGAUGAGAGGCAAGAGCAGGCUACAGAAGACAAUGCCGGUAUACCCGUUGGCCCACACCUCUCCCUUGCCUACGAAGACAAACAGAUCCUGGAAGAUGCCGCUGCUUUGAUUAUCCACCACGUGAAGAGGCAGACAGGCAUUCAGAAGGAGGACAAGUACAAAAUCAAGCAAAUCAUGCAUCAUUUCAUUCCAGAUCUGCUCUUUGCUCAGAGAGGUGAUCUUUCGGAUGUGGAGGAAGAGGAAGAAGAAGAGAUGGAUGUAGAUGAAGCCACAGGGGCAGCUAAGAAGCACAAUGGUGUCGGGGGCAGUCCCCCUAAGUCCAAGCUACUGUUUAGUAACACAGCAGCUCAGAAGCUAAGGGGGAUGGAUGAAGUGUACAACCUCUUCUAUGUUAAUAACAACUGGUAUAUCUUCAUGCGGCUACACCAGAUCCUCUGCUCGCGCCUGCUGCGGAUUUGCUCGCAGGCCGAACGGCAGAUUGAAGAAGAAAACCGAGAGAGAGAGUGGGAACGGGAAGUGCUGGGCAUAAAACGAGACAAGAGCGACAGCCCUGCCAUCCAGCUACGUCUCAAAGAACCUAUGGAUGUUGACGUGGAAGAUUAUUACCCAGCUUUUCUGGACAUGGUGCGGAGCCUGCUCGAUGGCAACAUAGACUCGUCGCAAUACGAAGAUUCGCUGAGAGAGAUGUUCACCAUUCAUGCCUACAUUGCCUUCACAAUGGACAAACUAAUCCAGAGCAUUGUCAGACAGCUACAGCACAUCGUGAGUGAUGAAAUCUGUGUGCAGGUGACUGACCUUUACCUGGCAGAAAACAAUAAUGGGGCCACCGGAGGCCAACUGAACACGCAGACAUCCAGAAGUCUUUUGGAGUCAACAUACCAGCGGAAGGCUGAGCAACUCAUGUCAGAUGAGAAUUGCUUUAAGGUGAGAGUUACUCAUGUACCCCAGGACCAUGCUGGUGACUGUAUAAGUUGUUGGAGCCAUCUCCAUCAGAAAUCAAAGCCGUUUCAGGAUGCUUUGAUGCAGUGAUGCCACUCCUGGAACUUCUUAGAGUUCCUCUGAGCCUACUGGAGGGAAUGAAAAACAUGGAAAACUGG